CGUACAAAUGCUGCUAUCACGUACAAAAUUCUGCACAAUUGGGAAAGAGGAGUCAUGCCAAACAAGGGCUCAUCCAAUUUUUCUUCCACUAACAUUCUGCAACCCAAAUUCUACAAAAUAAUAUUUUCUCCACAAUGCUGUUUAAUGGAUCAAACUGGGUUAAGGUUUCCUUUGCAUGCAGAGGAUUCCGGAAGACUUUGCCAGCAGAUACUGCAAGAACCUGCAAAACCUUGCAUAUCUUGAGGUACCCAGUGGCAAGGUAUGGGAAGUGGAAGUGGUUCAUUCUGAAGGUCAAAUUUGGCUAGCCAAGGGAUGGCGAGAUUUCAGUGAUUAUUACUCCAUAGACUGUGGGCACUUUUUGAUGUUUGGUUACAACGGCCUUUCCCAUUUUAAUGUCACCAUCUUUGAUUUGAGCGCAACAGAAAUUGAAUAUCCAACAACAGAGAUUGACUCGGAUGAUUCUAUCGAGAUCCUGGAGGUUGAUCCAGAAAGCCACAUAGGAAAAACAAAUGUUCCAGAUGUGGUUGAGCAUUCUGUUGAAAACAUAGGCCAUUGUUCAUUAGGACAAACCAGCAAAAGAAAAACACAAGAUGGGGAUGAAGAGGAUGAUGUUUCAGUAGACAUUCAAACUAACGUAAUCAAGGAAGAAGUGUCUCAAGGGGAGCACAAGCAACAGUCCCAGAUUGUUCCGAGUAAGAACGAGGCAGAUGGGCAUGAAGAUUUAGCUGUAAGCUAUCAAAGAGCAAAGAUCCUAGAGGUUGAUCCAGAAAGCCACAGAGGAAUAGCGAAAGUCCCAGAUGUGGUUGAGCAUUCUGUUGAAAACACUGGCCAUUUUUCAUUUGGACAGGCCAGCAAAAGAAAAACACAAGAUGGGGAUGAGAAGGAUGACGUUUUAGUUGACAUUCAAACUAACGUAAUCGAGGAAGGUGAGUCUCAUAAGAAACAAGCCGCGAUUGUUCCUCAUAAGAACGAGGCAGAGGGAUGUGAAGAGAUAGCUGUAAACUAUCAAAGAGCCAAGAUCCUAGAGGUUUAUCCAGAAAGACACAGAGGAAAAGAGAAAGUUCCAGAUGUGGUUGAGCAUUCUGUUGAAAACAUGGGGCAAUGUUCAUUAGGACAGACCAGCAAAAGGAAAAGACAAGAUGGAGUUGAAGAGGAUGAUGUUUCGGUUGACACUCAAACUAACAUAAUCGAGGAAGAAGAGUCACAAGGGAAGCACAAGCAACAGUUCGAGAUUGUUCCCAGUACAAACGAGGCAGAGGGGCAUGAAAAGUUAGCUGUAAACAAUCAAAGAGCAAAGAUCCUAGAGGUUGAUCCAGAAAGCCACAGAGGAAAAGCGAAAGUCCCAGAUGUGGUUGAGCAUUCUGUUGAAAGCAUAGGCCAUUGUUCAUUAGGACAAGCCAGCAAAAGAAAAAGACAAGAUGGUGUUGAAGAGGAUGAUGUUUCAGUUGAUACUCAAAUUAACGUAAUCGAGGAAGAAGGGUCACAAAAGCAGCAAUCCGAGAUUGUUCCCAGUAAGAGCGAGGUAGAAGGGGGUGAAGAGAUAGCUGUAAACUAUCAAAGAGCAAAAGCUUUUAAAUCUAACAAUCCAUUCAUCAUAUCUUUUAUGCGUUCACUUUAUGUCUCCCACUCAUUCAGCCUAUCCAUACCGAAGAAAUUUGCUAAGAGGCAUUUCCUGAACCGUCGCAAUUUAGUGCUUAGUGUUACAGGCAAGGGAUCUUGGUCUGUCAAGUGCACUUUUGGAGCGAAAAAUGCUAAAAUUAGUUGGAAGGCAUUCGUGCUUGACAAUAAGUUAAAAACUGGAGAUGCCUGUGUCUUCGAAGUGAUUGAGCCCUUCUUGAUGAAUGUGACCAUAUUUCCAGCAGUUUCAUUGCAUGAGAUAGCUGGAGAAGCGACGGAGGUUUCCGAUCAAUGUUCUCAAUACAUUAGUGCAGCCUAUCAAAGAGCAAAAACUUUUACAUCUGAACAUCCAUUCUUCAUUCGUGUUAUGCAACCAUCAUAUGUUUCUGGCAAAUCAUUGACCAUACCCCGGGUGAUUGGCUGGGAAUUCUUUUCCACCAAACGUAGUGAUCUGGUGCUUCAAGUUCCAAGCAAGAGAUCAAAAAGGGCAGCCCGGUUUCCAAGCAAGAGAUCAUGGACUUUAAAAUGCUUCCGCGCAAAAGAAUAUGCUAAAUUGAGUUCAGGUUGGAAGGAGUUUGUGCUGGACAAUAAUAUAAAAGCAGGUGAUGUUUGUGUAUUCGAACAGAUUAAUAGAUCCGAUCUCUUGUUCAAUGUCUACAUAUUUCCUGCAGACGAAGAUGUGUGAACAGAUUAGAGCAAUAUCAUUCACCUGACACGUGUAGCGUUUUGUAUCUAUAACUUCUUGUACGUACUAAGAUAUUUUUUUCUCUUUAACUUCUUUUAUAGAGUUAGGUUUGUUCUAUAUAUAUGAGGAGGUAAGGCAACAGGGUUCCCAUGUUCAUGUAUUUCAUUUUGGAUAUUAAUGUGCAAAGUUGAAUCUUUCUAAUGGUUGACCUCAAUGAUUUCCAA